GGCCGCCACAGCAUCAUCUCCUCCUCCUCGUUCCCCUGUUUCCCUCCUCUCGUGCUCUCGUGUUCUACUUUUGCUAGUCCUCCCACCCUACUUCGAUGGCGAAGGUGUUGGCUACCGUGCUCUGCGCCGCGCUGGCCUUCGCGGCGGCCGUGGCCGUGGCGAACGCCAGGGACCUCGUGGUCGGCGGCAACAACGGCGGCGGGUGGAAGGUGCCGGCGCAGCCCGACGCGCUCAACAGGUGGGCCGAGGCCACCCGCUUCCACAUCGGCGACAACCUCGUGUUCAAGUUCGACGGCGCGGCGGACGCGGUGCUGGAGGUGACGCGGGACGACUACAACCACUGCGGCACGGGGAGCCCGGUCGCCACCCACAAGCCCACCGGCGGCGCCGCCACGGUGCCGCUGACGAGCUCCGGGUACCACUUCUUCGUCGGCGCCGCGCCGGGGAGCUGCGACAAGGGCGAGCGCGUCAUCGUCCUCGUCAUGUCGGAGAAGCACAGCCGCCGCGGCCAGGGGUUCUUCGCGCCCGUGCCGGCCCCCGCGCAGUCCCCGCUGGCCGCCGGCCUCUUCCAGGCCCCCGCCCCAGCGCCGGCGACUGGGAACGCCGGGAGGACCGCGGCGAGCGGCGCCGUGCUCGUUGCCGCCGCCCUCCUCGGCGCGGCGGUGGCCGGGUUCUGAGAAGAUGGCGUUCGCUUGGGGCUUUAGGAACUUGGGGGGAGGAUUUGGGGAUUCUUUGAUUUUGUCUAGAUUUGGUUGCUGUAUGAGAGCUCAAGAAGAAAGUGCUUCUUCUGUCUGUAGAAGAAGGGGCUUUUAACUAUUUACCACUCUUACGAGUGGUGCUUAACGAUUUGCCACUAAGCCCACGUGUCAUAAACACAUGAGGGCCCACAUGUCAUUGACAAGGUGUGGUAAAUCGUUAAUUGACAUGUCACAAGAGUGGCAAAUAGUUAAAUUUCCCGUAGAAGAAUGGGGGUAAAUUUAUAAAUUAUAAAUGAAUGAUGAAUCUAUCUGAUGAACCUGGUUGCAUCAA